AUGAAUGGCGCCAACACUGGCUUGGAAGUUGGCAGCAGAUUUCGGAACACCAAUCAACAUUUCGAUGGAGACCUCAGCGUGAACGGGCAACAUGUUGACGAAUGUAUCAACAAUCGCAUUACAUCUUGCAACAUUUGUCACCACAAUAGCAUUAACAAUAACAACAAUGUCCACGAUAAUAGCAACAAUAAAAGCAAAAAGAUUAAAGUUGUUGAGAAUCUAAAUUAUGGAAGUGACAACAACCUCAACAUGCACGCCAUUAGUUUGUUUAGCCCAGUAAACAACGACACAACCAACAACAUCAACAACAACAACAACAAAAACAUCAACGAAAUCAUCAGUAUAAACAAACAAAACAACAAAACAUUUGAUAAAAAAAGUACCAACAACAACGCCAGCAACAAACACCACAAAAUGAACUCCAUGAAGAACUUACGGCCCGUGUUGACCAUGGACAAGUGGUUGACCAUGUUGGCCAUAAUGAGUUUCCUGUACUUGGAUGGUGUCGAAUGCACGCAUCAAUCGUGGUGGUCUGUAUUAUUUUUUAUUGUAUAA